AUGAUAUACACAACCAAAGAGAAAAUUCCUAGGAAGCUCAAGUGGCAGAGAGACAGUGCAGAGCAGACAGAUGGAUGGAGGCAGUGCUCCCGCUGCCUGCGCGGUGGGAGCAAGCAGACGCCCAGCAGCACCUGCAGAGCAGCUCACCUAGUGGCAGCAUUGCUUCUGGCAGCUGCACUUCUGCUGGCAGCAGCAGCUCUUCUGCUGGCAACAGCCCUUCCCACCACCGCAGCCACACGAGUGGCAGCUGCAGGUGCGGCGGUGGCAGCAGACCACAGGGACGCUGCAGCAGCCCCCACAGCAGCCGCAGCAGCAGGGGCAGCAGCUGCUGCAGCAGCCCACCCGGUAGCACCUGCAGCUGUUGCAGCUGCUGCAGCCACCACCACAGCCACCGCCACAGCCACCACCACAGCCACUGCUGCAGCCACCACCGCAGCCACCACAACUUCCACAACCACAGCAGCCCAUGGUGUCAGUAGAGAGGACUCAGGAGAGUCCUCUCUACUGACACCAUGGGCUGCUGUGGUUGUGGAAGUUGUGGCGGCUGCGGUGGUGGCUGUGGUGGCGGCUGCGGUGGUGGCUGCGGUGGUGGCUGCAGUGGCAGCUGUGGCGGCUGCAGUGGCAGCUGUGGCAGCUGCAACAGCUGCAGGUGCUACCGGGUGGGCUGUUGCAGCAGCUGCUGCCCCUGCUGCUGUGGCUGCUGUGGGGGCUGCUGCAGCGUCCCCGUGGUCUGCUGCCACCGCCGCACCUGCAGCUGCCACUCGUGUGGGAAGGGCUGUUGCCAGCAGAAGAGCUGCUGCUGCCAGCAGAAGUGCAGCUGCCAGAAACAAUGCUGCCACUAGGUGA